AUGGCUUCCCCGCUGUACAUAGUUAGUCAGAAAAUUAGGGAUAGGAGGGUUACCCCUGGAGAAGAGAAGGAUUCCCCAGAGCCCGGAGCAGAUGUAUCUCUACAGCUUGACACAGAAGCUGUAAUUUCAGAGGUAAUAAAGCUGAUCUGGCGGUUAGAAGCUGACCGGCAAGAAGCAGAGGAGGCUCUGAAACUGGAACAGAAACGAAAGCAAGGUCUACUCGGACAAAUUGAUGUACUCUCCCUGUGGAAGCUGCAUAAUCUACCUGAGGCUGUGCAAAAAGAGUAUGAUGCAUGUACUCAGGAUUUUUCUGAAUUACGGUGGCAUAUUUCUCGUAAGAAGCAAGAACUAGAAACAGCCCAGGUAAAAGCAGCCAAGACACAAGCAGUGAAUACAAGACUACAGGAGGAGAUUGUCUUUAUUGAGAAACACCGUCCUCUGCUGGAUGAAAAGCUUAAUCAUGAAGGUGAUGACAUGGCCAAGAUAAGGCAGGCACAAGCUGAAGCAACACAAUUGCUCAAUGAAGCAGAGAUUAAACUAAACGCAGCCACAUUGAGUUUUGAGAAGGUAACUGCAGAAGCCAAUGAAGAGAGGAGUGUCAUGGCAGUCCAGGUUUCUGAAGUGAAGAGGACCCUGCAAGUUUGCAGGGAUAAUUUGAGCCACUCAGAGACUAUAUGGGCUAAAUGCUCUUCAGACUUAAUGGACACCGACAGAAAGAUUGAAGAGGAUAAAAAGCUCUAUAGUGAGUUAAUAGCUGAAAAACAGCAGCUUACAGAGAGUGAGAUUUCCUGGAGCCAACAAGUAAAUGAUUUAAAAUAUCAACUUGAUGAUCAAGAAAAGAAAAUUAAACACUUAACAAAUGUAUAUGACAGGCUUUCACAGGAAGCAAAGGAGAUGGAAUCUGAUAUUCAGUGUCAGUUAUCACAAUCGGAACAGCUUCUUCAUACUAAGUUGCAUUCAUUCAGAGAUUUGGAAUAUGAAAAUAAGACCCUCACUCUUGAAAAUGAAGACCUGUCAAUAAAGAUCUCAAACAGCUAUAAGACAAGAGGUAAAGUUGAGGCAGAUAUUAAACGAAUGCAGAAGAGCCACCUGAAAAAUGAAGAACAGACCACCAAAGUUUCUAAAGAACUCUCUCAACUGUCUGUCACCCACUCAGCAUCCAAAUCCAAACUGGCAGAACUGGAAGACCAGUCAACGAGAGAAGAAAGACGUCUCAAGAAUUUGGCUGAUUCCUUGAGGAAGCAAAUUAUCGAGGAAGUCAGAGUCAGUCAGAAUACACAGGCAAGAAUAAAUGCGCUUAUGGCUGAUAGACAUCAGAGAGAGAAAGAAAACAAGAAAAUGAAAGAAGAAUUAAUGAGGAUGGUGGAAGAGAUUGAAUGGCCGGUUGCCGACCUGGAAUCAGAAAUCAGGAAGUUAACAGAAUUUCAUGCUAGGAAAUCAGAGGAGCUUAACAGUAUUUGCCGGAAGAAGGCACAAUCUGAUGAGACGUUCCAAAGGACCAGAGAGCAGUUGGAGUACCAAAAUAGGAAAUUGGAACAACAGUUAAAUGAUACACAGGUGAAGGUGUUCCUUCCUCAGGACAAAUUGAUGGAAGUUGCAGGAUCCAGUUUGUUUGCUUCGUUCUCGUCAUCGAUACUCUUUGAAAACCUGCAUGAGAGUUUUGGGUUCGAUCUUGUCCACCUUCAAAGUGGUACCAUUUGCUCAGUUCCAUUUAAGAACUUUACGGAGCAAAAUUAUAAUCUACAAGAGUUGACGCUAAACAAUGCAAAAGAUACAUCUGCACAGCUGUUCGAAGAAACAGAAUUGUACACACAGCGUAUGAAAAGAGAGGAUGAAGAUUAUAAUAUACAGUUACAGGCCAGACAGAGGAUGCAGAAAGAAAGCAUCGCAGCAUUGGAAGCCGCGCUCAAAGAAAAUUCCACACUAGCUAAGGAAUAUAAGACUUUCCAGGUCAACUAUUUGGAUGAGAAAGACAAGUUAAUGGUCAAUUAUGAAUGCAGGCUGAGGACAGAAGCAACAAUAAGAGACUACUUACAGGGGAGGGAAGCCCGUAUGAAUGAAGACCAGAUAACCUCCUCAGCUCGCAUAUAG